AUGUUAAUCAGUGAAAGAACUUUUUGGUCAGGAGGAAUUACACGAAGUAGGUCUGAAGGGAAUUUGGCUGACAUGGAAGCUGGAAAACUCUCAGAAAGUUGCAAUAUUACAGGAUGCCAGGACCCAGGCUUGCUUCACAAUUGGCUGGAUGCUUUCACCCUUCAUGAUAAUAAUGCUUCCAAAGUUACAAAUCCAUUCUGGAAUGGACUGUCUGCUUCUAAUCCAUUUUUGGAUGAUAUAUCUCAGCUAAGAAAUAAUGGAAAGAGAAAUAAUAUUUCCAUCUUAAAGGAAGAUCCUUUUCUUUUCUUUAGAGAAAUAGAAAAUAAAAAUUCUUUUGAUUCCUCGGGUGAUGAACUUGAUGUGCAUCAGUUACUUAGGAAGUCUUCCUCAAGAAAAUCUGGAAGAUCUAAAAGUGCUUCAGAACUUCUGGACAUUUUAGACGAUACAGUAUAUGCCCGUCAGAAUAUACAUAACUCUGACCAGAUCCUGUUACAAGACUUAGAAUGGCUUAAAAAUGACCGAGAAGCUUAUAAAAUGGCUUGGUUAAGUCAACGCCAGCUGGCCCGCUCCUGCCUUGAUUUGAAUACAAUUACUCAGAGCCCUGGAUGGGCCCAAACACAACUUGCAGAGAUCACUGUAGCUUGUAAAGUAAACCAUCAAGGAGGGUCGAUACAACUACCGGAAUCAGACAUCACUGUUCAUGUGCCCCAAGGUCAUGUGGCUGUGGGAGAAUUCCAAGAAGUGUCUCUAAGGGCUUUCCUUGAUCCGCCACACAUGCUUAACCAUGAUCUUUCAUGCACUGUGAGUCCAGUGUUGGAAAUCAUGUUAGGCAACCUCAAUACAAUGGAAGCCCUUUUGCUGGAGAUGAAAAUUGGGGCUGAAGUGAGAAAGGAUCCUUUUAGCCAAGUCAUGACAGAAAUGGUUUGCUUACACAGCUUGGAUAAAGAAGGUCCUUUUAAAGUGUUAAGCAACUGCUACAUUUACAAAGACACCAUCCAAGUCAAGCUAAUCGACUUGAGCAAGGUGAUGUAUCUAGUGGUUGCUGCACAGGCUAAAGCUCUUCGGUCACCAGCUGCCACCAUUUGGGAUUACAUCCACAAAACCACCUCAAUUGGAAUUUAUGGACCCAAAUAUAUCCAUCCCAGUUUUACUGUUGUUUUCACAGUUUGUGGACACAAUUAUAUGCCAGGAAAGCUUACAAUUUCUGAUAUUAAGCAGGGUGGAAAAAACGUAUCUCCAGUUGUAUUUCAGCUCUGGGGAAAGCAUUCAUUUUUACUUGACAAGCCACAAGAUUUAAGGAUUUCUGUUUUUUCCUGUGAUCCUGAUUUUAAAGUAAAGACAGAAAGAGAAGGAAAAGAAAUUAAACAAAAGCAGUUGAAAGCAGGUGAAGUAGUUCGUCAACAAUUUUUAUUUUCUUUAGCUGAGCACAGAGAAAUGCACUUGUUUGUUUUUUGUGUCCAGGUGGAGUCUCUCAAUGGUGAAACAGUUGCACAGUUCCGUGUCACUACCCCUGAUCCAGCCCGAAACCCAAAAAGGCUGUCUAAUCUGCCAGGCUAUUUGGAGAAGAAGGAGGAAGUCAAGUCUGCUCCUUUAUUCCCAAAAAUGCUUGUUAAAUAUCCCACAUUUCAAGAUAAAACAUUGAACUUUAUCAGCUAUGGGGUAACCCUGAAAGCCGUGCUAAGACAAAACAAGAUUGACUACUUACUUGAAUAUUUUAAAGGGGACACAAUUGCUCUCCUCGGGGAAGGGAAGGUAAAAGCUAUUGGGCAGUCCAAAGUGAAAGAAUGGUAUGUGGGAGUCCUCAGAGGUAAGAUUGGACUUGUACACUGCAAAAAUGUCAAGGUGAUUCCAAAGGAGCAAGUAAUGUUUAUAUCAGAUGGUGUCUUUACAACCAGAAAUCUUCUUGAACAAAUUGCCCUGCCUUUUAAAAAACUGACUUAUAUCUAUUCAGUUGUAUUGACCUUGGUGUCAGAAAAAGUUUAUGACUGGAAAGUUUUAGCUGACGUCCUGGGUUACUCACAUCUGUCACUGGAAGAUUUUGAUCAAAUUCAAGUAGACAAAGAAUCAGAAAAAGUUUCUUAUGUUAUAAAGAAGUUAAAGGAAGAUUGCCACGCAGAUAGAAAUAUGAGAAAGUUUUUGUAUGAACUUAUUGUGGCUCUUCUGAAAAUGGAUUGCCAAGGAUUAGCAGCACGUCUCAUCCAAGAAGCUGCUGUUCUGACUUCAGCUGUCAAGCUUGGAAAAGGCUGGAGGGAACUAGCUGAAAAGUUAGCACGACUCACAAAGCAACAAAUAGAAGCAUAUGAAAUUCCUCAUCGAGGAAAUGCUGGAGAUGUUGCUGUUGAGAUGAUGUGGAAACCCGCCUAUGAUUUUCUUUAUACCUGGAGUGCUCACUAUGGAAAUAACUACAGAGACAUGUUACAAGACCUUCAAUCAGCUUUGGACAGAAUGAAAAAUCCUGUGACUAAACACUGGAGAGAAUUAACUGGAGCUUUAAUACUAGUAAAUUCCUUAGAGGUUUUGAGAGUAACUGCAUUCUCCACUUCGGAGGAAGCAUAGAAAUAAAGGGUGUGUUUCUGAUGAGAGGGGAAAUAGUGAGGUGAAAAUGAGGUAAUGCUGUGUGUGUGUGUGUGUGUGUGUGCGCAUGUGUGUGCGUGUGUCUAAGAAAGAAUCUCAGAAAGUCAUUAUAUUAAUUUUCUUCAUGUUCAAAAACAAAUUUUUUCUGAUGAAAGCACUGCCUAAUAUGAUAACCAAGAUGGGUUUUACCCUCGAAUAUGUAUUUUUGUAUAUGUUUCAAAUACAAAUAUUAGGUUGCUUUGUUCUUAUAAAGAAAAGGAAAAAGAAGAAUGCCCUCUCUCUAUUUCAGUGUUAUUUUUAAUUUCCCAAGUUAAUGCUGUUUGAAUAAUUACAUCACACAGAUACCUGGAUAAACUGGAGGCUAUCAACAUGAACCGGGCAGUGUUCCCGGGAAGCAGGUAAAACAGGAGAAGCAGGCACACACCCGGUGGCCAGUCACGGCUGCAUGUUUUCCAAACCUCCCUCCUCAAUUCAUCAGUGUAGAUAGCCAGCAUCACCUCUAUUUUUCAUGUGGAGAAACUAAGGACUGGAGAGAAUGUCUGAGGCUACAUAGCCAGUGCAAAGUCAGUUUUCUUCUCGAAAAACCUGUUUCUAUUUCUUUUUUAAAAAUCAUACUGCAUAAAAAGAAUAGUAAAAAAAAAAAAAACAUGUUAAGACUUACAGGGAAACAGUCAUCAUUUCAUUUUAAUUGAGACUUGUUACUUCUUUUCAUCAUCUCUUGAAAGACUGCCAGAAGGAAAAUAUGACUUAUCAGAAAUCUGUUGUCUGCAUGCAUGGACCUAGAGUUUUCAUCAGUUUCCUUCACCAUCUUGGGACCUCGCUAAUCCUGCCUAACUUGGGACUGCAGGAUUAUGAUGUAAAAUAGUUCUUUAGCUCUCAGGGAUUUUGAAUAAUGUGAGUUAUUAAAAAC